GUUCAUCCGAAAAUUUCGCUGGAAUUCGACAAAACACACAUUUGUUGUGAAACGAGCGAUUCUUAUUUAUUUGGGUGGCGUAAGACGAGACUUCGGUGCACGUGGAAUGAACUCAUCGAACAGGUAGCAAAUAAAUUGGCUCACGUCUGAAUUGUAUUGAUCACGUGUUUUUAUCUUAAUUGGUCGAUUAAUUAUACCGAAAUGCCGUACUAUUCGGAACUUGGAAUAUAUAUGAGUCCUACUAGUAGUUACACGGGCUCAUACAUACCUGGUCCUUAUUCCAARCAUUCCUCUUUAUUAGCCUCAAAUUUCACUAGACCUCCUCCUUCCUUGCUCAAACCGCGAAAUUUUAGAGGGUACAAACCUCUACUAUCGACUAUCAACGAAAACCAGUCGCCUCUAAGAAGAUUCAAUUCGCCAAAAUUGAGAGGUCAUACUUCGCCUAAAGUUAUAGUGCCUAAACCCAUUAAAAUAAACACAGCUGAUAUUGACGUUUCUGUGAACAAAUACAGAAAAUAUGAACGGCCUAAACCUAUACAAGAUAAAAUUGAAAGAAAAUCACCAAGUCCAAAUGACAAUCUAGAAAGUCCAAGAAGCUCAGAAAAAGAAGCAAAACCCAACAAAAUAAUCAGAAGGGACAGACCAACGGUACGUCUUCACACCGUCCACUCUGACAUGAUAUCACCAGACAAUGGUACAAAUAUCAAAAGUUGGAGGGACAAUUUUGAACCAGAAGAAUUGAAAACUGAAGAGAAGAAGCCAAAAAAGACACCCGGUGAGCUUCUAAAAGAGAAAUUUUUGAUUCGUAGCCGCGAAGAUAUCUUCAAAGCACCGGAAAAGAAGGUGAGUAGACGAGCAUCGAAAAAAUCAAACGUUCAAAAAACACCAAGUUUUCACGACAUUUGUCAAGCUAUCACCACCGACCAAAUCGAUGAGGAGUUAAAUCCUGGCCAACCUAUCGAAAUACAGAGACGACAGAGUCGACAAUUUUCAAGUGAAAAUCUUCUCAAAGACUUGAGACGGAAUUCUGCUGAUUUGAGUAACGAUGUUYAGCUUAUMAAUCGACGAAAUGCUGAAGUUUCUGAUACCCGUGGAAGCGUCAAACGGAAGAAGAAACUGACUAAGAAGAAAUCCAACGAGAAAGUUGUCUUAACUGAAGUUGAAGGUAACAAAUCGCAACUUCAGAGAAGACCAACUCAGAAGAAAAUUCGCCGGACUUCUACCAGUAGCAGUGUAGGGAGUGAUAUUGUCGAUAUUAAUCCUGAGACUGAAAAAGCUUAUCAAGAAGCAAUUCGUGAUAUUUCUCAGGUUGAGAUUGAAAACAUAAAAAUUAAACCUAAACCUAUAAUUACCGCAACAAUUGAUGUUGAAGAGAAACCAACCUUGAAGGUGGUUGUAGAUGAGAUUGAGGUGGUGGAGUCGCCAAAGCCUAAAAAGAGUAAUAAAUUUAAAUUUAAUGUGAUUGUUGAGGAGAUUGACGAAGCAAAGCGAAAGUCAAUGAAGAAAUUUCAAUCUAAAGUUGAAGAAAAAGUGCACGUUCCAAAGGCUAAGGAACCAUUGGUUUCGAAUAUUUUGAGGAAGAAUAGCAAUGCGCAUCUUGGACACAUUUUGGAAGAACAGCCCAAAGAAGCAGAAGAGAUUUUUCCCAAGAUUGUACCUAAAAAUGAAGAAAAGAUAAUCGCUGUGAAGAAGAGUGACAGUAUUGAAAAAAUGACAAACGAAAAUAUUGAAACACUUAAAAAAAGUCAGAAUGAAGCACUGUCGAAGCAAAUCUCUGUAAAAAAACUUGAAGUUGGGACAAUUUUGAAGAAAGAGAAUUCAGAAAAASAAAAUACAAAUGAAUCUACUGUAAAACAYUUGACCCAAGUGGAAAAAAUAGAACCUAAUCAAAUUCGAAAAACUGCAAGUGAUGAUAAAGUUUUAGUUGAUAAAACUAAAGAAGAGUUAGAAAACCAAACCAAAACUUCUGGUAACAGUAAUCAACUAAAACAAUCUUCUAGUGAACAAAACAUGAAAAUGAAAAGUGAAGAAACGAAAAAAAUUUCUGCUGAAGUGCUACAAAACCAAAAUAAAACUUGUGUUAAAGUUGAAGAUGAAAUUAAAGUAUCUGAACCACAAUUAGUUGGCCCAAAAAUUGCUGCCGAUAUGAAGAAAAAUGAAGAUUUACCUAAAGUAAAUAUAACCGAAAAGAUGAGUCAAGGCAACAACACGGUAGAAAAACCAAAAGAAGAGAGAAGAUCAAAAGCUGUGAAGAAAGAUUCGAGUCUUGAAAAGAUAAAAAUUGAAAAGGAAGGAAAACCUAAAGAAGAUGAGGAAUCAACGGCUGUGAAGAAAGUUGAAGCUCAACUAAAGAAAGAUUCGAGUUUUGACAAGAUGAAAAACGACAAAGUAGAAAAACCAAAAGAAGUUGAAAAAUUAAUGGCUGCGAAGAAAUUUGAACUUCAGUUGAAGAAAGAUUCGAGUCUUGAACAAUUAAAAAGUGACAAAGUGAGUGAAAAAGUUGAAAUUAAAAGUUGUUCUAUUGUUGAUAAAUCUAACGCUAUUUUAAUGAAAGAAAAAUCGGAUAAAAAUUUGGUAAACAAAGAUAAAGAACUUACAAAGAUCUUACCAAAGCUUGAUAAUAAGGAAACAACUCAAAAUGCAACCAAAGCACCAGAAAGUCCUAAAACUCUUAAACCAAGCUUAAAGAAAAUUCAGGAUGGACAAGUGAAAAAAUCAAACAGUGUUCAAAUAAUCGAAGAAAUGAAGCAAAAGGUUGGACCAGAAAGUCCCAAAACUCCUAAACCAAGCGUGAAUAAAUCUCAAGAAACAUUGAAUAAGUCAAACUCUGUUCAAAAAAUUGAAGAAACGAAAAAAGAAAAUGAAGAAGAAAAUUUUUGGGCCGUAAUUGGACCCCGUGAAAGUGUCUACACUUCUCCCCGAAAGCCUCUAACUUCAAAAGAAACCCUUGAACCUCAAAAGAAAGAAGAAAAGGAAGAACCUGCCGCAGACGAGUUAACCCCUGUCAAACCAAUGCCUUCAAAACGGUCAUUGGUUAACAAAGCCAAUAAAGACGACCCGGAUUUGGAAGUAUUUAUCCCACCCCCGGAGCCCGAACCGGAACCAGAGCCGGAACCUCAACCCGAACCCACCUUCGUCCCUCUCCAAUCCAACCGUUUGUCCCAAUUCAUGCAUCCGUUUAAAAAACCCGAACAAUUCGAUGAGUGUCCCGUCGAGAUUUACGCAACCCCAAAAGUAAUCCGUCAUAGACAUUAUCCGCGACCGCGGCAUCCGCCCCCUCCGGUUGAAAAAUCAGACAGUGAAGAAGAAGAAGAAGAAGAAAGUGAAGAAGAAACAACGUCAAGUGAAGAAACGUCAUCUGAUGAUGAAUAUGACGUCAARGUGGUGUAUGGCAAUAACAAAGUUGGUGCAAACUGUGAUGUAAACUGUCAUAAGAAAUGCGAGAAACUGACUGCCAAUUUGUGUGGAGUUAAUCAAAAACUUAUUGUCGAAGCCAUCGAAUCCGUACGAAAAGGAUCAACCGAAACUCAGGACUCCCCAACAACAAAUCCCGCAAACAACCCUGCCUUAGCUUUAGACUCAAACGAGGUCUUAGAAGAGUAUUCACACUCUAGUACUUUUGCCAGUUUCCAAAGAAGUGGCAGAAUAACACCGCCAGCAACGACAAUUCCUCGAUUUAGAAAAUAUUGUGUUGAAGACUUCAAUUUCCUUAAAGUUUUAGGCAAAGGAAGCUUCGGGAAGGUUCUCUUGGCAGAGCUGAAGGAUACUGAAUAUUAUUAUGCCAUAAAGUGCCUGAAAAAAGACGUCGUUUUGGAAGACGACGACGUUGAGUGCACUUUAAUCGAAAGAAAAGUUUUAGCUUUGGCAACGAAACAUCCUUAUUUGUGCCAUCUACUAUGCACCUUCCAAACUGAGUCACAUUUAUUCUUUGUGAUGGAAUAUUUAAACGGCGGCGAUCUCAUGUUUCACAUCCAACAAUCGGGCCGUUUUCCCGAAGCUCAAGCCCGUUUCUACGGCGCUGAAAUCGUUUCAGGCCUGAAAUUUCUUCACAACAAAGGCAUUGUUUACAGGGAUUUAAAACUUGAUAAUAUCUUAUUGGACUUUGACGGUCACGUGAGAAUAGCAGAUUUUGGCAUGUGUAAGCUUCAAAUAUUUUUGGACCGAAUGGCCGAUACGUUUUGUGGCACUCCUGAUUAUAUGGCACCUGAAAUAAUUAAAGGACAACACUAUAAUCAAUGUGUUGAUUGGUGGUCAUUCGGUGUACUUUUAUACGAAAUGUUAUUGGGCCAAUCGCCUUUCAGUGGUUGUGACGAAGACGAAUUAUUUUGGUCCAUUUGUAACGAAAAACCAGUGAUUCCCCGGUUUUUGUCGCAAGAAGCUAGCGCUGUUCUACAGUUGUUUUUGGAAAAAGAUGCAAACAAGAGAUUAGGAAACAGAUUUUGCCCAUCUGGUGAUAUCCAAGACCAGCCAUUUUUCAAGCCGAUCCAAUGGGACAAGCUUGAGGCAAGACUCUUAGAACCACCUUUUAAACCCAAUUUGCAACACCCACUAGAUACGCAAUACUUUGACAAAACAUUCACUGCAGAAAAGGCCAAAUUAACUCCAAUUGAACAAAAUAUUUUACAAUCGAUGGAUCAGACCCAGUUUCAAGGUUUUAGUUAUACCAACCCCAACGCCACAGACAAAUGAGACAACUAGCAUAAAAAUUAGGGUUGUCGUUUCGUCUCGUUAAGAGACGCAAUUUUUGGUGGUUAAUUAAUGUUCCUAUGUGAUUGAAUUACGCCCUUUACGACUUUCAGAAUGAAAGUGCCACCAUCGAAUGAUAGUUAGGUUUUUAAAAUAUUUUAUUGUGUACCUUUCACUUUUUAUAUAAUGGUAUUUGUACUUAUUUUAGACACGCGAAAAGUAUUUUGUCCAAGUAUUGUAAUCCAUGUGUCUUGUGCCAGUUGAAAACUACUUAAUUAAUAAAUUCUAUACCGAAA